UGAUUCAAGCAGUCACGAUGGUUAUAGUGGUAGAUCAAAAGGUUGUGAUAGUCAUAGUGGUAGAUUAAGAGAUCGUGGUAGUCGUAGUGGUAGUUCAAGAGGUUAUGGUAAUUAUGGUAGUGGAUCAAGAGGUUGUGGUAGUUAUGGUGAUGGAUCAAGAGGUCGUGAUAGUCAUGGUGGUGGAUCAAGAGGUCAUAAUGGUCAUGGUG